CAACCUUGUAAGUUUCCAAGAAAAUUCCAUGAAGUAUGAGUUUUAUCAACAGUAGUUACUGAAUUGGACUUCCUUAAUUUGUAAAACCACUAGUUUUAAUGUGAUUGUAGAUCUACUCUCAAAUUAGUCAUACCUUCCCAACAAUCUAAUGGUUGUUAUCUCUGAUCUUUCAUCUUCAUCUUCUUCAUCUACCACUGAGUAUAAAUAUGACGUAUUUUUAAGUUUUCGAGGUGGUGAUACUCGUAAUAAUUUCACAGAUCAUCUCCAUAAAGCCCUCCUGGAUGCCAAUAUCUCUACCUUUUUGGAUGAAGAAGAGAUUGAAACCGGAGCACAUCUGAAACCGGAACUGAUGAAUGCGAUUAGAGAUUCUAGAGUUUCUAUUAUCGUGCUCUCCAAAAAUUACGCUAAUUCGUCAUGGUGUCUUGAUGAAUUGGCACUGAUACUUGAGCAACAUAGGAACUCCAACCAAAUUGUCAUCCCCAUCUUUUAUGAUGUCGAGCCUACCCAUGUCAGGAAGCAACAGAGUAGCUUUGGGGAUGCAAUAGCUGAGCACAUACAAAAGAUGGAGGUAGAAACAGAUGGAAAUAAAAGAAGAGAAAUGGCUAGAAAGAUCGAGCAGUGGAAGAAAGCGCUUACAGAAGUUGCUGAUUUGAAAGGGAUGGAUCUAGAUGGCAGGCCAGAGACGAAGUUUAUCGAACAGAUUGUUAGGGACAUCUAUCGUAGACGAAUACCAUUAAGGAGUUCUCUGCCACUACUUAUUGGGAUGGAAGAUCCCAUUAAAUUUGUCACAUUAUGGUUGAAAGAUGAUUCCUCAACUAAGGGAGAUAUGCUCACUAUUUUGGGUAUCGGUGGUAUAGGGAAGACAUCUUUAGCCAAAUAUGUCUACGGGUUAUAUUCUCGUAAAUUUGACACAAGCAGCUUUAUUGAAGAUAUCAGUAGGAAUUGUGCCGGCAAAUUGACCGGGUUGCUUGAUUUGCAAGAACAACUCUAUGGUGACAUUUCAAAAAGAAGUUCAAUUCAAGUUCGUGAUAAAUCUUUAUACACAUCAAAGAUAGAGAAUGCAUUGGCCCGUAGAAAGGUGUUUCUAGUUCUUGAUGAUAUUGAUAGUCUCGACCAGUUGGAUGCAUUACUUGGAAGCAAAGGUUUUCAUCCAGGAAGCAAAAUCAUAAUCACAACAAGGGACGCACGGUUGAUAGAGUGUUGUUCCUUAUUCAAGACGAAUGCUAAACCCGAGCAUGCAGAGUACGAGCUUACAGGAUUAUGUGAGAUUGAAUCACCGAAACUUCUAUGUUUUCAUGCAUUUGCAUCCAACAAUCCUAAGCCAGGUUAUGAAGAAGUGAUAAAAAAGAUUGUGAAGUACUGUCAUGGACAUCCAUUGGCUCUUCAAGUUUUGGGCAACUCUCUUUAUAAUAUGGAUGUAGCUUAUUGGGAAGAGCGCAUAAACAUGCUAAAGAAAGAAAGCAUUUCCAAUGUAAAUAUGGUCUUGAGAAAAAGCUUCGAUUCUUUGACAUCUGAAAACGAUAAGGACUUGUUUAAGCAUAUUGCUUGCUUUUUUGUUGGAGUAGAUAGAGAUGUUACGGAAACUAUAUUGAAUGCAUGUGGUAUAAGAGCAAGAAGUGGGAUUACGAAUCUCAUUGAUAAAUGCCUUCUUAGUAUUGGACGGAAUAAUGAAUUGGUGAUGGAUCAGUUGCUUCAAGAGAUGGGAAGGUUUGUAGUUCAUCAAGAAUCUGAAAAGCCAUGGAAGCGAAGUUGAUUAUGCCGUCAUGAGGAGUCAUUCAAAGUGUUGAAACACAAAAAGGGUAAGGGAAAUAUUGUAGGCCUUGCCCUUGACAUGCGAACACUGGAGAAAGAAAACCAAGGUGUAUCAUUUGAGCUGAAAACAGAGGCGUUGAGUAACAUGGAUGAUCUGAUGAUCCUACAACUGAAUUAUGUGAAAAUGAAUGGGUCUGAUGAGAAUUUCCCAACACAAUUAAGAUGGUUGUGUAUGCAUGGGUUCCCUUUAAAGUAUAUACCUUUAGAGUUGCGGAUGGAUAAUCUAGUUGCUCUUGACCUGUCUUAUAGCAAAAUUGAAUCAUUUGACGUUCGUUAUACUAAUCCAUCACGACCAGAGAAGAAGCAAAAGGUAAUUUAUCUCUAUUUAUUAUUUUUCUUUCUUGGGUUGAUGAAAUUAACUACUAUUCUAUUCGCCAUUCAUGCAGUUAGAUGGAUCGUGCUCCAAAGAGAAAAAGUUGCUUGGAUCAUUGAAGAUUCUUGAUUUAAGUUUUUGUGAACAACUUCGUAGGGUGGGUGGCUUUGAUGGACUUCAUGCACUUGAGAGGUUAAUACUUACAAAUUGCAUUCAUUUGCUUGAGGUUUGCGAAUCAAUUGAGCAAUGUGCCGAACUUGGUCUACUUGAUCUGAGCUACUUCAAAACACUUAAAAAACUUCCAAGAACCAUACGGAUGCUAAAGAAGGUUAAAACACUUUCGCUAGAUGGUUGUAAUCUUGGUGAAUCUCAAACCAAGAUUAGUGAUAUGGAUUCCGUCAUUUUGGAGGCUAUACCAAAUGAUCAAAAGUUCUUUAUGAUUUCUUUACCGAGGUCUUUAGUAAGCUUGUCAUUUGAAAAUGCUAAUUUAUCCAACGAAUCCUUUCCCAUGGACUUCAGUUGCCUCUCCAUGUUAAAGGAAUUAUAUCUGGAUGAAAAUCCGAUCGUAUCCUUGCCCAAUUGUGUGAGAAACCUUCCUAGACUUGUGAUACUCAGUAUGAAAAAAUGUAAAUUACUGAUGUCAAUUGAGAAUCCUCCAUAUACACUAGCAUUUUUAGACAUCUAUUCUAUCUCAGAACAUAAGCCUUUGCUACAAAAAGUUUCAUUUGUUCCAGAAAUGUCCCCUCUCGAGUUAUCAUUGGGGGGUGGGAACUCGUUAGCACCUUCAUCGCUUGAAAUUGAAGGCAUGGUCAAAAUUCAACCAAUGACAAGUGUUCAGGAAAAGGUGUUGCAUGUUUUGGGCUGGACUAAUUUAGACUUCACUGAUGAGAGUCGUGUGGGAACUUAUUUUUUGCUUAGAGGACCAGAGGAAUCUGAAAUCCAGAUGUACUACGAAUUUGGAAUAUUUAGCACAAUUUAUGGGGGUGAAAAGAUGCCAAAUUGGAUUAGUAGUAGAAGCAAGGGGCCAUCAAUAUCUUUUACCAUCCCAUCAUCUCCUAACAAUCUCAGGGGAUUGAAUUUCUGCUCUGUGCAGAAGUCUCCAUUUAGGAAUAUUGAUGAUUUCCUUAGUUUACCCCUGAUAAUAAUUAGUAAUAGAACAAAGAAACAGACAUGGAUAUACGAACAUUACAUUCAUAAUGUGAGUGUAGGUGGAGGGUGUGCAAUAUUGUUGAGCCAUUGGAUGUAUGGGAUGAAGGAAAUGGAAGGUGGUGACAAAGUUACUAUUUCUCUUACAGAGGGACUAGAUAAAGUUACAAAGGGUGUGGGGUGAGUUUUGUGUAUGAAGAUGGAAAGAGGGAUGAAGAAGAAGAUGCUUUAGGUUCUUACAAAUCAUGGAAUCACAUCAUUGGUGGAGAUCUCACUGGAUUUGAGUUGACAACAGGAGAAUACAUCCUACACAAUGAACGAUUUUUGGUGCAUGGCACUGAAGUGAAUCUAUAUCAUCUUCCACUUGUUGGAGAUGGCGCCAUCUUUAAAGACGAAGUGUGGUUUAGAGCUUUUUCCAGAAGGAAGUCCGACAUACUUGACGACUCGCAUGAGCAAGGAUCAAUGCAAGAUGGGUCUUUUUCCAAGUGCCGCCAUUCCACCACCACCCACCACCGGCUUCCCUCAGUCAAAUCCCAUCGCCGCCGCCCCUCCCAGCUGGUCUGGAGGCAGCCUUUGCUCCACCGCUUCCACUGGCAGAUUCUCCUACGUCGCACGCGAAUGCGGAUCCAGAAGAAGCGUCCAGUGCAACGGCGGUGCCGCCACCCCUCCAGCCACCAUCACCGAAUUCAUACUUGAUGAAGCAACUUCUACUAAGUCAAUCUUGUCCAUGUAUGGCACCACGAGAAACACACUCAACACUUAUAUGUGCUACAAAGAAGCAAGUUAUGGUUUGCAGGUUACCUUUCGUUCACUACUAGAAAAACAGCCUUUUACGACGCGCAAUGCGUGUCGUAAAACGCUCAAACGACGCGCAAAUGCGUGUCAAGGAAGACCCUGUCAUAACGAAAGACGACACGCUUUUGCG